UUCUUCUUCUGAUUUAUGGAGAACCAGGAAGCUCAAGAAUUACUCCUCCAUGACAUGGAGGACUUGGCCAAAGAUGAAAUGCCACCACUCCCUACACAAAAAAGAGGCUUUAAAUGGUGGCUCUUAGUGUCACUUUACAUAUUCUUUGUUCUAUCUGGCCAAGCCAUUGGAAGUCUUCUAGGAAGGCUCUACUAUGACAAAGGUGGAAAUAGCAAAUGGAUGCAAACAAUAGUUGUAACUGCAGGCUUUCCAUUUUUAAUCCCUAUCUUAGUCUACUUCUCCUGUAACCCUUCUAUCCCAAACCAUCAUAAAGCCAAUACUAUCAACAACACUUCACCCUCUAUCAUCACCCUUACACUCCUCUAUACCUCUUUUGGUAUAUUCUUUACGGGCGAUAACUUGAUGUAUUCAUAUGGACUGUCAUAUCUCCCUGUUUCUACAUUUUCCCUUGUCUGUGCAACCCAAUUGGCUUUUAAUGCAAUAUUCUCCUACUUCCUUAACUCCCUUAAGUUCAAUCCUUUUAUUCUUAAUUCGGUAGUCCUCCUUACUAUCUCUGCCUCACUCCUUGCUCUCGAUUCCGAUUCCAAUAUUCCCAAAGGAAUUACACGAGCACAAUACGUACUCGGAUUAUUAAUCACCAUAUGUGCAUCUGCCUUGUUCUCCUUACUACUUUCACUUACCCAACUUUCAUUUGAGAAAGUUCUGAACAAGGAAACAUUUUCUGUGAAAUUGGAGAUGCAAAUAUAUCCAGCAAUAGUGGGGACUUGUGUUUGCGUGGUGGGUUUUUUCGUUAGUGGGGAAUGGAGGAGUCUAAAGGGAGAGAUGGAGCACUUUGGAGGGGUUUCUUAUGUGAUGAUCUUAGUUUCUUCUGCUAUGGCAUGGACAGCUUUUUAUGUUGGUACUAUGGGUUUGAUUUAUGAAGUGUCUUCACUCUUUAUGAAUGUCAUUAAUACAGUGUCCUUGCCUAUUGUUCCAAUCUUUGGUGUGAUAUUUUUUCAUGACAAAAUGGAUGGAGUAAAAGUUAUAGCUUUGCUUUUGGCCAUUUGGGGGUUUGUUUCUUACAUGUAUCAAAACUAUCUCGAUGAUUUAAAGUCGAAGACGGUUACAAGAACAGAAUAAGCAAAUGAAAGUUCUAAUACUUUAGCUGCUUUACAAAGAAGAAUUUGUGUCUAUAUUGAA